AUGGCCACCCAUGAGGCGGCUGGUGAGACAGCUGCUCAGGGCAAGGCCACGAUGGAUCGUGCUUUGGCUGAUGAUGAUGGAGACGGCUUCUCCGAGGUGUGUAGAGGGGCGAGUGGCCUGAUGCCCAAGAGCAAGGGCCCCAUGGCGAAGUUCUGCGUGCACGUGGCUACGUGUAAGGACACUUCUUUCGUUGUGACCGUCCUCAACCCGAUCAGAGUCGGCAAGCUGAGCGAGUGGAAGAGCAUUCCGUGGCUCUACGGAGAUGAGAAGUCCCCAGAGGGCAAGAGUUGCACUCUAUGUUACAACACCUUCACUCAAGGCGGGUUCCUGGAGGAGUUUGGCAGCAUCCAGAAGAUGCUAGAUAAAGCGCCCAACGACGUGAGCAUCAUGUUGCAGUUCAAAGCUGCCCGGCUGGAGCUUAUCAAACGCAUCAACAAUGGCGAGGUCGAGUUGCGGUUGAGGGGUGCAAAGAAAGAAGACCGCAAGAAAAACUUGCUGGCGGCCAGGCAGCGCAGCAUUGAGAUGCAUCAGAGUGCUGGGACCGUGAAUCGAUCGAAAUUCCGCGUCAUGACCGUGCAACGGUACAAAGACACGCACAACGACAGGACCCCCGAAGACGAUGGCCUGGACACGUGCAUGCAAUACCACAAGGGGAAGCUGGAAGAAGUUGUUCUACUUGCUACUAUGGCCGAGGGUGAAUGGGAAAUGGACAUCGAGGACAGGAUGGAGACCAUCAAGAAAGAGGUGAUUGACGACGGAAAGAAUGUGAUUCGUGAUGGCCAAAUCGAGUCCAAGUUCGAGGCUAAAGCCAGGCGGGCCCAGGCAGCCCUCGACGUGAAAGCUUCCACUGAGCAGCUCCUGACUGCGGAGGCGCUAGAAGAGGCAGCUGCAGCACGAGAGGAGGAGCACAAGCAUGAUGAUGACGAGGAGAGCCGCGACAGCGCCUUGGACACCGAGGACAGCGACGACUUCCUCGCAGGGGUGCUGAAUAAGAACAGAAAGACAGCCAAGGCGACCAAGGACGCGCCCUCGUCGGCUGCGAAGACAGCCAGUGGCAGGACCAAGGCUACGCCGAAGGCAAGCUCUGCCCAGAAAAGCACAGGAGGGGCACAGGGCUCGGGCGCAGGGCGGCGGGGUGCUAGGUCCGUCGUAUCCAUACGCUCGAGAUCCCCCAGAGGCGGAGCCCCUUGCUCACGGACAUCUUCGCGCAAAAGCAAGGAGGAAUCCCAGGUCCAGGACGUGGUCGUCGACGUGGAUGCUUACUUGGAUAGGAACGGGCUGCGGGAUAUCCUGGACCAGUUCGAGGAGUCGAUGAAUCAGAUCUCGGAGGACGCAGUCUUGAACGCGUAUGUCUUGAAGGAGAAGGAUAUCUCGGAUGCGUGCAAGAAGGCCGCGUCGUCCAUCAACGACUCGCAGAAGUCAAUGACGAAACUAUUCUGGAAGAUCGAAAAAAGAUCAGGGAAACCGGAAGAAGCCACAAAGAUCCUCACAACUCACAGGGAGACCAUCUCAGACACGGUGAAGUACUUCCAGACCUUCUCUGGCGGCAAGAAACUGGUUGAUACCUUGGACGUCGAGAAAGUUGCGCAGUUGACGCGCGUGUUCGAGGAUGGCCGCGCGCCCCCGCCGGCUUGCCAGAUCGCUUUCUAUGUGUCCAGGGGCCUCCACCUGGCUGUCAAACAGAACCUGAGCGAGCUGAAGACCUGGAUACAAACGGGCCUCGACAAAGUCGAAAACUUUCCAGAGGAGGACAAGUGGUCGCUGAUCAUGAUGCUCAUCGAGAGAUUGAUCGCGUUCAUGCUUGACGGGGUUUCGGGCAAGUCGGAGUCGAAGGACAGGGCUGCGCUGGAGUAUACCAAGGACUUUAUCAAGUCCUUGCUUGAAAUCCCCGCAGGCGAUCUGUUCGGCCCAGGCUUCGAGAACCACGUAAGCGACUUGACCGACAUCCAGGGCAUGUUUGACUUUGCCGAGCGCCCUGACAUGGCAAAAGAACAAGAACAGGGACUGGUCCGGCUGCACACGUGCACUACAUCUAAAGAAUAUGUUGGCUUCUUCCGCGCAGUAGGCUCGCAUGGCAACUUCGAGAGAAUCUCGAAAUACAUCAACGAUUCCGUGGCAGAAGCUGCUGGGGGCACCAGCUUCAGGGCCAAGAUGACAGCCGCCAUGUGCCUGAUCGAGAAGCAACACAGUUACAGCCGUCCAGAGGAUGCGCUCACCCAGAAGGACGCCGAGAAGCUUUCCAGCUGCAUCAGCGACCUCGUCGAGGAGAUGGCGGACUCAAGGGAUGAACGACAAGCCGCUCAAUUGGACAGGGUGUUCAAGCUUACCGCCGAACACGGGCAAGACGCCGUCAAGGGGUGCCUGGCCCGCGUGGAGAAGUACGCGCAGGAGGUGAGCUCCAAGGACUCCUGCGACGAGCUCCGGGGAGGGGCCAUGGAGACCGCGUGCUCGUUCAUCAGUGGCUUCAAAAGGAGCGUCGAGUCUGGGAAAGUCCACGUCCUCCACAAAGAGUGCAAGGCUUUGACGUGGAAGGUUGUGGAAUCGACGCUCGAGCUCUCCAAGAACGCCAUUGAGGUGAGGCAGGCGAUCAAGGAGCUUGGCCUCAUUGCGACGUUGAUGGAGAAGAUGCACGCUGCUAUCACGUAUCGUUUCGCAGAUGGUAAGACCGAGCAGGAUGUCGACAUUCAGGCCCUCGCAGCCAGGUUGAAGGACUGCCGCGACGCGGUGAUGAAGCUAGCCGAUGGGAACAGAACCUCUGCCGAGAAGGCCGUCGGGGUCAUCAUGGCGACGUGCGGCAUCGAGAAGAUUGCGAAGGAGAAGUCGGACUCCCUCGGCGCGAACCUGACCGAGUCCAUCGUUGUCUUGCUCAAGCACGUCCGCGCCUCGAAAGGCUUGGACGCCCUGGCCAGCAGCGCAGCUGACGCUUGUUCGUCUGUCAUGAAGACUACGCACCUCAUGUGGCAGCUUUCUGCGUGCAUCGAUGGUGACCAGGUUGCGGUGCGCAAUCAGAUCUCCACCGCCACGUCCUUGGCGCAGUGCGCGUCGAAGCACGAUGUCUUCAGCCUCAUCGCUGCAAUGCCCGCGGCUGGGGUCCCCACGAAGAAGGCCAUGCUGGACCUGAGCGACAAGGGCGCGAGGGAGUUCAAGGAGAACCUCGAGCGAUUGCUGGGCCGCGACUCUUCCCCCGGUUUAGCCUCAUUGGCCGAUGAGGGAUCAGAGCUGAACGGCGACCUGGUCAAAGAGGGUGUGGGCGUGCUCGGUGAUGCGCUGGACAAGCUCAAUGACAAAAUCGACGCCUACGCAAAGUUCAACUCUGAGAAUGCGCUGAGGGUCGCCAAAGAGCUCGAGGACAAGUAUUUGACCAACAAGGAGGACCUCCUGCACGGCGAGUUCCUGAAGUCCUUCGACAAGAACGCUCUGAAAGCGUUGACUCCGGAACAUGCGCGGGUCUGUGGCCAAACGGAUAACACAGUGCAGCUCCUCACUGAUUUAGGAUUGAAGUUGCUUCCAGUGGAUCUCCAGAAGUCCCAGGACAUCAUCGCUCGUUUGAGCGCCAUGUCUAUCAAGUGGGCUCUCUUUUCCUUGCUCCAGAAGGAAGAUGACGCCCCGGGCACGCAGAUCGACAAGAUUAAGAAGCUAGUCGACGAUAAUUUCACAGAGGAGUUCAAGAAGUAUUUUGACGAUGCGGUAUUCCAAGGCGCCGUCGAGUUGGCGAAUACUGCGGACAAGACGGGCUCCGACAAGAAGUCGACGGAGGCGAAGCUCGACUCCACCAGCAAGAUCGGCACCGACGAGGGCGAGAGCAAGGCCGACGGGAAGCCCCCCUCGAAGAAGCGGAAGAAGAAGGGGGUGGGGGCCUGA